CCGAUAAGAAGGACUGUGGAAGAUUUCCCACGCUGUCCCUUCAAAACAUCUUCCCAGGGCACUUUGCUGACUCGAGGCUGCUGAAGGGAUGCAGUGAGCUUCAGGAGGGGUCUCCAGACAGGGAAAGGGCUCCUGGAUGCUGAGAUAUCUGCAGCUGGUUUGCCGCCCGAGUGCUGAGGACAUGGAAUAGCACAGAGGUUUGGACGCUGGACAAUCUCUGGGACGAGCAGCAGCCACUGCAGGUCCCACACGUGGCCAUCGAUGCCCACAUUUCCUUCCGCAGCCGCAGCCGGGGCAGGAGCAGCUGCAGCAGCUCACGAUGCCAAACAGCAGCCUGGCCCUGAGCAGCCUGGACGGGAUCUACAUCGGCACCGAGUGCCUGGUGGCCCUGCUUGCCACGCUGGGCAACGUGCUGGUGAUCUGGGUGGUGAGGCUGCAGGCCUUGCAGAACACCACGCUCUAUUUCAUCGCGUCCCUGGCGCUGGCCGACGUCGCCGUGGGGCUGCUGGUCAUGCCCCUGGCCAUCGUGGUGAGCCUGGGCAUCGCCAUGCCCGCCUACAGCUGCCUCUUCGUGUGCUGCCUGCUCGUGGUGUUCACCAACGCCUCCAUCCUGUCCCUGCUGGCCAUCGCCAUCGACAGGUACCUGCGGGUCAAGCUGCCCACCAGAUAUAAAAUAAUCACUACAGAGAGGAGAGUUUGGUGGGCCCUGGGGCUGUGCUGGUCGCUGUCCCUGCUGGGAGGGCUCGUGCCCAUGUUUGGCUGGAACCAGGCAGAGCCCAGGAGCUCCAGCCCCCUGAGGUGCCGGUUCAUCGCCGUGAUGAGGAUGGAUUACAUGGUUUAUUUCUGCUUCUUCACAUGGACCCUCGUGCCCCUGCUCAUCAUGUGUGCUCUGUAUGCUGAGAUCUUCUACAUCAUCCACACAAAGCUCAGCCAAGGGACCAGUGUCAGAGGGGCUGGGGCUUUCUAUGGCCAGGAGUUCAAGACAGCCAAGUCUCUCGCACUUGUUCUCUUCCUGUUUGCAAUCUCCUGGCUGCCUCUGUGCAUUAUAAACUGUGUUUCCUAUUUUUACCCCGAGUCUAAGAUCCCUCCAUAUUUGAUUUACUUGGCAAUCCUCUUAUCCCAUGCCAAUUCUGCCAUGAACCCCAUUAUCUAUGCCUACAAGAUAAAGAAGUUCAAAACCACAUACCUUUUAAUUUUAAGGACCUAUAUCUUGUGCAAAAAACCAGACCCAGACCUUACAGAGCAAACAACAGACCCACAGUCAUGAAUAAAGGUUGCAUCUGCCAGUGGGUACCAGAGCAUUGAUAAAGCUUUGCUAAGAAACUCUUGGGAAACUGCAGCAACCUGUGGAUCUGAAGCUGCUCUAAAGCUGUAUGUGAAUAUAUGUCUUCAUGUAAUAUAAUUCCUAAACACA